AUGUACGUAUCUUUUCAUGAAUAUGCAUCCGUGGGGUUGAAACUAAGUAGAGUCUGCCACCAGAUAUACUCUGCAUACGCUCCGCAGUUGGGCGCGCGUUUGUACCUCUCUCACACCCAGUUGAAUGUCAUUGGCCUCGCAGGGAAUGUGGGCGUAUAUCUCAGCGGCCCAGCCUGGGGUCGAGUAGUCGAUACCAAAGGUCCUCGCAUUCCACUUAUUAGUGCCUGCGCCUGCCUCCUCAUCGGAUAUCUUGGCAUAAAGCGCAUCUAUGAUGAUGGUGCCGAAACAUCACUCUCGUUCGUGCGUCUUGCCAUCCUCAUCGCCUGUACCUUCAUGACCGGCACGGCUGGAAAUGCGGGUCUUGCCGUUGCUAUGAACACUACGGCUAAGAGCUUCCCUGAAUCAUCGCGCGGAACCACAACUGGUCUCGUUCUGUCUGGUUUCGGCCUAUCCGCAUUUUUCUUUGCCGCCGUUGCUAGUAUCGCAUUCCCUGGUGACAUCUCCGCCCUUCUCCUUGUCCUGGGCCUCGGCACCGCCAUGCCUAUGCUUCUAGGUCUUCUGAUAGUUCGUCAAAUACCGUUACCUCCCGCACGCACCACACUCGGUGUCGAAGGUGGGCUCGGACGCGAGGAAUAUCAGCCUCUCCCGACGGCACCUCCCUUCUUCUGGGGACAUGAACACGCGGCAUCAAACUAUCACGUUCCUGAAUCAUCGACCGCGGUUGAACUUGUACCGGACCAAAUUAUAUCGAGAGGUUCGAGUGUCAGGAGGAGUACGAGCCGCGGAAAGCACGUGUAUGAUGGACCUAACAUCUAUGGGAAGCAACUCUGGCUCACCCCAGAUUUUUAUCUUAUGUUUCUCAUAAUGGGGCUCCUGAGUGGAACUGGAAUCAUGUAUAUCAACAAUGUUGGCUCCAUAUCUCAGGCGUUAUAUGCCAAAGGGAAUCCUAACUACGACGAUUUGGAAGCCUUGCGAUGGCAAGCUGCGCAAGUUUCAACUCUUAGUGUUUGCAACUUUGCAGGACGCAUUCUUAUAGGAUUAAUCGCGGACUUCACCCGCUUUCGCCUACGUCUCCCUCGUGCAUACUGUUUUUGCAUUGUUUCAACACUCUUUAUCGUUUCUCAAUUAUCUGCCAUCGGCGUUACCGACGUUGCUCAUCUUUGGAAAGCAACCGCGCUACUUGGGCUCGCAUAUGGUAGUCUAUUUGGCAUGAGCCCCACAAUCGUCAUCGACUGGUUUGGGCUCUCACAUCUCUCAGAGAAUUGGGGAUGGGUCUCCCUUAGUCCUCUGGUAGGAGGGAAUCUCUUCUCGCUCAUGUUCGGGCGCAACCUCGAUUCACACGCCUCGAACGACGACUCUGGGACACAUUCGCCUUUAACUUUGUUAAAGCGUGCUGAUCUCCCAAGGGAACACCAAUGCUUUGAUGGACGUGAUUGCUAUGUCUCGACUUUGUAUGUGACAGCCACGGCGUGCUUGAUUGCACUUGGGUUGAGCGUGUGGGCGGGAAUCAGGGACCAGAGAAAGACAUUGGAGGUGAAAAGGGAGGUAGUUUGGGAGGUCGAAGAGUAG